AAAGUGCUUCAUAUAAAAGGGGGUGCACUUGCGAAACAGUCAUUACAGUUUAUUGUUCGGUACAAGACUUAUUAUUGUGCAAGCAAAGGAGCUGCAAAAAGGAAUAGCUGUCGAUAGAAUGAAAUUGGCCAUAGUAAUUGCCUGUGCCGCCCUUUCGGUGAUCGGCAUCAAUGCCGUUAGUGUGCAGUCGGGCGUAAGGGCAAUCGAUAACCAACUUUACAAGCGUUACGUGUGCGUUCAUAAGCCCGAUGGAUUCCGCGCUUUGGUCCCCGGAAGUUGCUCCCGGUACUACGAGUGUCAGUCUGGAGUGGCUCUUGUCAACGUCUGCUCUCGCUUUUUCGAUGCUAAGGCCCAGGGAUGUGUGAACUACAACACCGGCUGCAUUGAGGUUCAGCCUUCAUCGGGAAGCAGCUCGCCCGCAGGAGGCUCGAUCGCCGGAGUGCCGUGCGCCCAGGAAACUACAACAAAAUGCCCACAAGGCGACGUACCGACUACAACAACCUGUCCACAAGACAUCGUACCGACUACAACCACAUGUACACCAGUAGAUGAAACAACCACAACGACUUGUACAGCAGAAAUUCCUACUACUACAACCUGUACAACAACUAAAACUACAACAACCUGCACAACUACAACUACGACUACUACAACAACUACAACAACCUGUACAACUACAACUACAACAACCUGUACACCAGAAAUUACAACUACAACACCGUGUACACCGGAAAUUAUAACUACAACAACCUGUACACAAGAAAUUACAACUACAACAACCUGUACAACUACAACUACAACUACAACGACUACUACAACAACCACAACUACUACUACAACUACAACAACUACAACUACUACUACAACUACAACAACCUGUACAACUACAACUACAACAACCUGUACAACUACAACUACAACUACGACUACUACAACAACUACAACAACCUGUACAACUACAACUACGACUACUACAACAACCUGUACAACUACAACUACGACUACUACAACAACUACAACAACCUGUACAACUACAACUACGACUACUACAACAACUACAACAACCUGUACAACUACAACUACGACUACUACAACAACUACAACAACCUGUACAACUACAACUACGACUACUACAACAACCUGUACAACUACAACUACGACUACUACAACAACUACAACAACCUGUACAACUACAACUACGACUACUACAACAACUACAACAACCUGUACAACUACAACUACGACUACUACAACAACUACAACAACCUGUACAACUACAACUACGACUACUACAACAACUACAACAACUACAACAACCUGUACAACUACAACUACAACAACCUGUACAACUACAACUACGACUACUACAACAACCUGUACAACUACAACUACGACUACUACAACAACUACAACAACCUGUACAACUACAACUACGACUACUACAACAACUACAACAACUACAACAACCUGUACAACUACAACUACAACAACCUGUACACCAGAAAUUACAACUACAACACCGUGUACACCGGAAAUUAUAACUACAACAACCUGUACACAAGAAAUUACAACUACAACAACCUGUACAACUACAACUACAACUACAACGACUACAACAACCACAACUACUACUACAACUACAACAACUACAACUACUACUACAACUACAACAACCUGUACAACUACAACAACCUGUUCAACUACAACAACCUGUACACCAGAAAUUACAACUACAACACCGUGUACACCGGAAAUUAUAACUACAACAACCUGUACACCAGAAAUUACAACUACAACACCGUGUACACCGGAAAUUAUAACUACAACAACCUGUACACCAGAAAUUACAACUACAACACCGUGUACAUCGGAAAUUAUAACUACAACAACCUGUACACAAGAAAUUACAACUACAACAGCCUGUACACCAGAAAUUACAACUACGACAACCUGUUCACCAGAUGAGGAAACGACAACGGCAUGUGGAAUCGUGGGCGGGAUCUCCGGUUCUUCGAAGACCAGGCCAACAUCCGUGAAUGUGCGACCAGCGAGACCCGUGCGCCCCGUCGUUCGUCCCGCAUUGAAAAUCGAUCAGGUGUCGGCUCCCCAAGCCCAAGAGCUUAGCAUGUCCACCUAUACAAAAUACGUGUGCCGCAACAAGCCCGACGGCUUCAUGUUGGCUUCCCUGAAGAGCUGCUCCGACUACUAUAUCUGCCGGUAUGGAAAGCCACUGUUGGUGAGCUGCGGCGAUAAAUACUUUAACGCUCUGAAGGGCAUUUGCGAUCUGCCAGAGAACACGCGUUGCGUGCAGCCCCAAGCAUAAAACUUCAUGAUGACUUCCUGAUCGAAAUCACCUACGAAACAGCCUAUAAGAGCACUACCUGACCACCACCUUGAUAAUUGUGCCCGAUCGAUCGCCUUUUAAAAUUAAAUAAAUUUUCAUUCGAUGCAAACGCU